CGGCCAGGCCCGCCUCGACCUGCGCCGGGAACCGCCGCCGAGGCCCGCGUAGCCCCGGCCCCGGCCCUCGGCAGCCUGGUGUUGGACCCUCGCGUAGCCCAGGCCCCCUCUCCUCCCUGCGGUGAAAGAGGAGGCAUGUCCGCUGCCGCCUCCGCUGAAAUGAUUGAAAACCCCCCGGUCCUCAACUUCGAAGAAAUCGACUACAAAGAGAUCGAGGUGGAAGAGGUUGUUGGAAGAGGAGCCUUUGGUGUGGUCUGCAAGGCAAAAUGGCGAGCUAAAGAUGUAGCCAUUAAACAGAUAGAAAGUGAAUCUGAAAGAAAAGCCUUCAUUGUAGAGCUUCGACAACUGUCACGAGUAAACCAUCCCAAUAUUGUCAAGUUAUAUGGAGCCUGUCUCAACCCAGUUUGUCUUGUAAUGGAGUAUGCUGAAGGAGGUUCUCUGUACAAUGUGCUGCAUGGUGCUGAACCUCUGCCUCAUUAUACUGCUGCACAUGCCAUGAGUUGGUGUCUGCAGUGUUCCCAAGGAGUGGCCUAUCUCCACAGUAUGAAACCAAAGGCUCUAAUUCACAGAGACCUGAAACCACCAAAUUUGCUUUUGGUAGCUGGGGGGACAGUUCUAAAAAUCUGUGACUUUGGUACAGCCUGUGAUAUUCAAACACACAUGACCAACAACAAAGGAAGUGCUGCUUGGAUGGCACCUGAAGUUUUUGAAGGUAGCAAUUACAGUGAAAAAUGUGACGUUUUCAGUUGGGGUAUUAUUCUCUGGGAGGUAAUCACCCGCAGGAAACCUUUUGAUGAGAUUGGUGGUCCCGCUUUCCGAAUAAUGUGGGCAGUUCACAAUGGUACUCGGCCACCACUGAUCAAAAAUCUACCUAAACCAAUUGAGAGUUUAAUGACCCGCUGUUGGUCCAAGGAUCCCUCACAACGGCCAUCCAUGGAGGAAAUCGUUAAAAUAAUGACACACUUGAUGCGGUACUUUCCAGGAGCUGAUGAACCUCUGCAGUAUCCUUGCCAAUAUUCAGACGAAGGCCAAAGCAACUCUGCCACUAGCACAGGUUCAUUCAUGGACAUCACUUCUACAAACACAAGUAACAAGAGCGAUGCCAACAUGGAACCAAGUGACUUCCAAGGAGCUUCUACCAAUGACACUAUUAAACGUUUGGAAUCAAAACUGGCGCAGCAAAUCAAAAAUACGGCCAAGCAGCCGGGUGAUCCUGGCCGUUUGAGUUUACCCCCAUCUCGUGGGAGCAGUGUUGAGAGCUUGUCAGAGGUUCGCGCACGACCACCGUCAGCCCUUGUUUCCGGAGAAGCCAAAAGGAUGAGUGCUGACAUGUCUGAAAUAGAAGCAAGAAUAGCUUCCAUCACAGUUCUGCAUUUUUUGCUUUUUAACAGUUGCUUUACUAUGUCCUAUUCCAAGCCUAAACGAGGCCAUCGUAAAACUGCUUCAUUUGGCAACAUUCUGGAUGUCCCUGAGAUCAUCAUACCAGCAGGAAACGGACAGCAGAGGCGCAGAUCCAUUCAAGAUCUUAGUGUUGCUGGAACAGAGUCCAGUCAGGAGAGUAGAAACAGCAGUAGAUCAUCUAGUCCUAGUGUGAGAAUGAUCACUACCUCGGGACCAACCUCUGAAAAACCAUCACGUAAUCCAUGGACACCAGAUGAUGCAGCUGCUCUUGGAAAUAGCAUAGUCUUUGAGGGCAACACCUUAGUUUCUCUACCACGACUACUCUGUGGCAGGUGCUUUUGGGGUAUGGAGACCAAUGGGUCAGAUAACUCCAUCCCAAUGGCAUAUCUCACAUUAGAUCAUCAGUUACAGCCUCUAGCACCGUGCCCAAACUCCAAAGAAUCUAUGGCUGUGUUUGAACAGCACUGCAAAAUGGCACAAGAAUAUAUGAAAGUUCAGACAGAAAUCGCAUUGCUGUUGCAGAGGAAACAAGAACUAAUAGCAGAACUGGACCAGGAUGAAAAAGACCAGCAAAACACAUCCCGUCUAGUACAAGAACAUAAAAAGCUGUUAGAUGAAAAUAAAAGUCUCUCAACAUACUAUCAGCAAUGCAAAAAACAAUUAGAGGUCAUCAGAAAUCAGCAACAGAAACGGCCAGGCACAUCAUGAUUUCCUGGGACCUUUCAAAUUAAAAACAUGCACAGAAAAGGACUGAUUUUUUUAUUAUUAUUAUCCCUUAUUAUGACAGCUCAUGAGUGUUAGCUUCUUGGUGUGAUCUGUACUUGUCUGCUACACUUAACAUCAUUUAAUUUUCUUUUUCCUAGGUGAAAUCCAGUUCAACGGGUUAAUUGAAUAGGGUGAAAAACUUGAAUUAACCAAUAGCCCUCAAUUUAGAGCAAGAAGAGUGGCUGUUUGCAUGCUCCUUGUGUGAAGACUAGCCUAACAAAUGUUGAGGAGGCUGCCAAAUUGUGAGAACUUUUCUUUAGUUUUUGGUGUUAACCUCAGUAAGAGCAAAAAAAAAAAAAACUUUCCUGUUUAAGAAUGGUUUUGUUCCAGUGUCUCAUCUCAAACUUUUAUUAUGAUUAUUAUUUUCAUAAUAAACUGAAACAUGCACCAAGCUGCAGAGGUGAUGUUGGCUGAUCAGAGUAAUUCAUGAUGCAUUAGUGAUGCCUUUCACCUGUAGACAUAGUAUAUUUUUUCAACAUGCAAAAUGGUAGGCAAACUGAUGCCAACAUUCUUGGUUCAGUGCUUGAUGGCCCUGCGUUUUGACUAAUAUAUUUCUUGUAAUCUUGCGUUCAUAAAAUAUUUGAAGUAAAAGGCUGUAUUUUGUUUACUUUCUUGGGAUGAAUGACAUGUAGUUUCAUUUAAAUGCUGGCCAAAAGUUAGGAAGGUGAUCACUGGACAGAGUUGGUUCCUUGUAUAAAAGAGAUAUAAUCAAAAAGUAUAUAAAGGCGUGUUUUAAACCUUUAAAAUUUUCGUCCCUGUAGAAACUUUGGAAGGAAAUUCAGAGAGAAAAUUAAUACAUACCUUGAAAUACUUGCUUCCUUUAUGGUUUUGCUCCCUUACUGAUUAUGUUUUAGGAAUUUUUUCCUUAAAACUUAUUUGAUGAAAAGCAUUUACUAUAAAUGUAAAUAAAUCUGUUUUAGAUAGGGAGAGAAGAGUUUUGGGAAAUGACUAUUUUAAAUAACAAAUUAUAAAAUGGAGUUGAGUAUGCAAAUAGUGAAAAUUAUUAGGAAAAUGAGGGAAAUAGCUUAGAUCUCUAUCAAGAAUCUCAGUUAUUCUACUCAUUUGAACAUUGCUCAAAGGAAAUUCAUCACAGAAUGCCUGCUCCCUUUGUGACUGGAGAAUUGCAUUUAAUGAACUUGAGUGGAAUAUGUGAUGCUCAGUGUUAUUAUUUACCAUUAUUACGUAGCAGAAAAUAAUUAUUUGUUUACAUUGCAGAUUGAUUAUUUGGAUUAUGAAUUAACUUUCAACUGGUACAAAAAUGAGGCACUUCUAUAUAAAAUGAUAAAUAACACUUUACAUUAAUACAUAAGGUGUUGGUGUUCUCAGUUACAGGCAGGGUUUUAAUAACACUUGUUUGCAAAAUUGAAAUAGGAAAUUGAAGUUUAGCUGCUGAGCCCUAUAAAUAAAGAAGUAAUCUAAAA